CUCGUGUCGGUUCCUCGCCGUGCCCUCGUUGCGUUGGACAACAUCCCCAUCCCCACACCCACCAUGCUUGGCCGCCUCGUUCCCGUUUUGCGUCAAGCUACUCGCGGCGUGAUGGCUGUGCGCCAGGCCCCCUUGGCUGCGCGCACGCUGUCACAGGCCCGCCCCAGCUUUGACCGCCUGCGCCUUCUGGACAUGAUUGAACAGGAGAUUCAGGAUGAACAGACCAACGGUGUCGCAGCCGAAAUUCCGGCAGUGUACGGCGACUUUCAGAUUAGCCAUGUGGCCGGCACUCCUCAAGUCAAGCUCACGGCUAACAAGGACGGUGACAAGGUCACGGUUCUGCUCAACAUUAACGAAUGCCCCAUGGAGGAAGCCUCGGAGGGUGAUGAGGACAGCGAGUCCGUCCCCGCGCCUCACUUCAGCGUCGAGAUUGAGAACGGCAAGAGCCUUACCAUGGUCAUGGACUGCAGCAUCGAGUCCUCUGGUGAUUUGGUCAUUACGCGCGCCGGUUUCCACAACAAGGGCGUGUCUGCCGCUGACCGCUACGACAAGGUCUACAUGAACGAGGUUGACUUCUUGUCCGAUGAGCUGUACACCAGCAUGAUUGAGUACCUUGAUGAGAAGGGCAUUGACGGCGACAUGUACUCUUUCAUUGAAGGCCUUGUGGCUGAUAAGGAAUACUCCGAGUACCUCAAGUGGCUGAAUGACGCAAAGAGCUUCCUCUCGCGCUAAACUACCGACCUCCAACCUGAAACAAGAUGGUGAUCUCGCUCGCUGCCCGAGGAGCAGCUGGGCCCAUCCUUGCCAGGAUCAUUUAUUAGCAUCAAAGUACUGAAGAGCAAAAAAACAAAACAAGUAACAAGAUCUCACCAGCGGCCCUGCUCCUUAUUAAAAAGAAAUUCCGUUUGCUUAGACUCGGAAGAGCCGUAAUUGUGUGGCAAGAAUCGAUUUUUUUUUUUUUUUU